GAGUCAUUGUUGUACUUACCCGCAGUUUCAUCUCUACGUCACUCAAAUAUGGAUAGAAACUACCAAAGUUUUUCUUCAGCUGUUGUUUCCCUUUUGAGUGCAUAUUUCAUAUUACUAUGUUUCAGCAUCCAUUCAUCAUUUGGUUGCCUGCAACAAGAGAAGCAAGCUCUCGUUGAAUUCAAAGAAAGUUUCAAUGAUCCUUCCUUCAGACUUUCCUCUUGGGAAGGAAAUGAUUGUUGCAGAUGGAAAGGUAUAAGCUGUAACAACAUUACAGAACAUGUUGUCAAGAUUGACCUUAGGAAUCCAUGCUACCCUCCAAGAGGACAACCUUAUCCAUCAAACUGUUCCUUCUCAACUUCUAAACUUGAAUCUCAACGUCUCCAUCCUUCUCUUUUAAAUUUCAAAUAUCUUACCUAUUUGGACCUUAGCGGAAACAAUUUCAGUUCAUCUCCAAUACCAUCUUUUCUCAGUUUUAUGAACCAGUUACAACACCUUUCUCUCUCCGAUUCCCAUUUUAAUGGCAUGAUCCCAAACAACCUUGGAAACCUCACAAAAUUGACCAUUCUUGAUCUUAGUUACAAUUCUUGGCUAUACUCGAACGACAUCUAUUGGCUUUCAAGACUUUCGUUGCUUCAGUAUCUUUACAUGAGUGAUGUUUUUCUCGAGAGAACACAAAACUUAUUCACGGUACUUAACAUGAUUCCUACUUUGUUAGAAUUAGACUUUACCAACUGCAGCUUAGCCCAUAUGCACAGUGAUGAUCAACUUGUUAGUUACACAAAUCUUUCUACCAUUGAGUCUCUCAGUCUCGCAGAUAACGGACUUGAUAGUCCAGAUCUGAUUGCUUUUAGAAACACAACUUCAGUCAUGUAUAUUGACCUUUCCAACAAUAAUCUUACUUCAGUUCCAUUUUGGUUAGGCAAUUGUGCAAAACUUGAAACUCUAUAUCUUGGAAACAAUGCUCUUAAAGGUUCAUUUCCAACCGCUCUUAGAAAUCUGACUACUUUGACAUUGCUUGAUAUUCCCCAAAACAAUAUUGAGUCUAUUCCAUUGUGGUUAGGAGGGUUAGAGGGCCUUUUGUAUCUCAAUAUGUCAUGGAACCAUAUUGAGGGUUCUCUAACAUCAAUUCUGGGAAAUAUGUGUCAUCUUCAGUCACUAGAUUUGUCUGCAAAUAGACUUCAACGAGAUGCACUCGUCGGUAAUUUAGAAUCUUCAAGAUGCAAUGGAUUUGACUUACACAAACUUGACCUAUCCCAAAACAAUUUCAAUGAUCAGCUGCCAACAUGGUUGGGAAGACUUCAAAAUCUGGUAAUUCUCACACUAUAUUCGAGUUUUUUUAAUGGUCCUAUACCAAAUAUUUGGGGAAACUUGUCAAACUUGCAAUAUUUAAUCCUUUCUAACAAUCACUUAAAUGGGUCUAUUCCAAACUCUCUUGGGAAACUUGGGAAUCUGAGCAUCUUGGACAUAUCUAAUAAUGACUUGUUUGGGGGUCUUCCUUGUAGUUUAACAGCACUUGUAAAUCUAGAGUAUCUGCUUCUCAACAAUAAUAAUUUAACAGGGUCUCUUCCUAAUUGUAUUGGCCAAUUUGUCAAUCUAAAAUCUUUGAUUAUUUCUUCAAAUCAUUUUUACGGUGUUAUUCCGAAAAGUAUUGAAAAAAUAAGGACCCUAGAAAACCUUGAUUUGUCUGAAAACUUGCUGAAUGGAACAAUCCCACAAAAUAUUGGACAACUUUCAAAACUGCACACCCUUUAUCUUAGUAAAAAUAAUUUGACAGGGAAGUUUCCAUCUAGUCUUGGUCAACUUAUGAACCUUCACAAUUUAGACAUGUCGCUCAACAAUUUCGAAGGAGUGUUUUAUGAAAUAAAUUUUCCAAAGUUACUAGGCUAUGUGAACCUUACCAAUAAUCAUUUCACAGGGCCACUUCCCCAAAAUAUUGCUCAUAGAUUGCCAAAUGUUACUUAUUUGCUUCUUGGAGAGAACCGCAUAAACGGUUCCAUUCCAAAUUCGUUGUGCAAAAUAAAUUCUUUGUACAAUCUUGACCUUUCAGACAACAAUUUAGCUGGCAACAUUCCUGAUUGUUGGAGUUCAACUAAAAGAUUAAAUGAGAUAAACCUAUCAUCAAACAAACUAUCUGGAUUUAUUCCUAGCUCGUUUGGCCACCUUUCCACUUUGGUAUGGUUACAUUUGAAUAAUAACAGUUUUCAUGGGGAGUUUCCAUCAUUCUUGAAGAAUUUAAAGCAACUGUUAAUCUUAGAUAUUGGAGAGAAUCAAAUGUCGGGGAAUAUACCUUCAUGGAUUGGAGACAUUUUCACCUCAAUCCAAAUUCUAAGGUUAACACAAAACAAGUUUCAAGGAAACAUUCCAUCACAACUUUGCAAACUUUCAGCUUUGCAAAUCUUGGACCUUUCCAACAACAUGUUGAUCGGUUCAAUCCCUCACUGUAUUGGAAAUCUUACAGCAAUGAUUCAAGGAAGUAAACCAUCAGUUGCCUUAGCUCCUGGAGAGUCGAGGUAUAUUGAAUGGUAUGAACAAGAUGUCAGCCAGAUCAUUAGAGGAAGAGAAGAUCAUUAUACAAGAAAUUUAAAACUAGUGGCCAAUAUGGAUUUAUCAAACAACAAUUUGAGUGGACCUAUUCCUAAGGGAAUAUUUCUUCUUACGGGUUUACAAGGCUUAAAUCUGUCACACAAUCACCUAUCCGGUGAAGUUCCUAUAACCAUAGGGGACAUGAGGUCACUUGAAUCUUUGGACCUUUCUCAUGAUCAACUUUCAGGCCUAAUUCCAAACACCAUAUCUAGCUUAACUUUCCUAAGUCACUUAAACUUGUCCUACAACAAUCUUUCAGGACCAAUUCCACAAACAAACCAAUUUUUAACACUUAAUGAUGAUCCAUCUAUUUAUUUUGGCAACAAAUAUCUUUGUGGUGCACCAUUGUCCAACAAAUGUGAUACUAAUAAAAAUAAUAGAGAUGAAAAUGGAGAUGAAGGUGUCAAAGAAGACAAGGUUGAGAAAAUAUGGUUUUACUUUGUGAUAGCACUUGGUUUUGGUAGUGGCUUUUGGACUGUGAUUGGAGUUUUGUUGUUGAAGAAGGUUUGGAGGCAUGCUUACUUUAGUUGCAUUGAUAAGGCAGUGUAUAGGAUAAAAGUGAAAUUCGAAUAG